AGCUGUGUAGUCGUUUGGAUCUAGAUCCUUCUUUGUAUCCUUUAUAUUGCCUUGUAACCCUAUUGAUUCAAGGUAAUGAGAUUGUAGUAUUCAUUCAAACAUCUCUCUUUCAUUCACUUUCACAUUUUACAGAAAACGCUGAUUUGCUCUACAAGUCAGGGCUUGGCGCAUUCACAGUGUUGCAGCAUCUGAACUUCUAACAGAAAAUCAUGACGACCGUGAAAGGCCUUCUUAAAGGUCUUCGCUACAUUACUCAGAUUUUCGAUGAAGAUAAAGAUAAAGACCAAGAUAUCCAGAUCGGGUUUCCCACCGAUGUAAAGCAUGUUGCGCACAUCGGAUCCGACGGUCCUGCAGCCAAUAUGCCAAGCUGGAUGGGUGACUUCAAACCUCAAGAGCAUGAGAAUGGUCAAGUUGUUUCCCGAGGAGAUGUGACCAACAAUCCAAUAGGGGAAGGAGUUGGAUUACAAGAGCUGUUGCCUCCUCCUCCUGAGAAACUGAAGCACAAGAAAACAAGGCGUAAAUCCGAGACGACCUCACAAAACGGUUCUCCUCCUAGGAGAAGCAGCAACGUUUCAACAUCGGAUAUGCUACCAAAACAUUCGAGACGUCACAGCAGGAGUAGGCACGGGUCAAUGGACUCAUCGAAUGAUCCAUCAGUCAGGAGGAAGCGUGUUGUCUCGGUUAACGAGGUAGAAGGUUCUGAUCCUCUUUCAGAUAGUUCCACUACUCAUAGAAAAUCUACAUCGCGUCAUAGGAAGGUGAAAGGAUCCGGAGGAGGAGGAGAGGUCUCCAUGAAGAAGACGAAAGCAAAGCCCGAGAGUUCUAUUGUUCAACCGGUCGAUGUAUGUAAUGAUGGUAAUACCAGUAACAAAGACUAAAAACAUAGAAUGGUUUUGGUGACCUGUGGAUGUGUUGAGUGUGUAUGUAUGUGAAUAGUCUCGUUUUUCUUGACCGAUCCAUAGAGAAAAACAUUUUUGUGUCACAAAGGCAAUGAUUCACCACUAGAAAGGUUGUGAUAGGAGAUAUUCAAGUUGUUGCAGUUUGGUUGAAACAGUGAUAUUGUACAGAAAGAUUGUUGGAAAUAGCUUAAGAUAGAGAAUAUGUAUAUCUUGCGGACAAGAUAUUAUUACAUUUUAAAUUCGGCUAUAGUUAGGGGUGUUCAAUCC